AUGGAGCCACCCUUGAGGGGGUCCCCGGGGCUCCCCCGCCUGGCAACGCUGUCACUGGUUCGGUGGCACAUCGAGGUCCUGGCCGAGGGCAGCUUCCGCCACACCCCGAGCCUGCAGCUGCUGUUGGUCACCGCCGGGAGCUUGGGGACCAUCGGGGACGGGGCCUUUGCUGGACUGGUGUUACUGGAGUACCUGUUCAUCGAGGACAAUGAGGUCGGGGCCAUCGAACCCACUGCCCUGCGAGGCCUCCGGGGGCUCCUGUUCCUGAGUUUGGCCAACAACCGCCUGGAGACUCUGCCUCGGGGGCUCUUCCAGGGACUGGAGACCCUGAGCCACCUGGACCUGCGGGGGAACCCGUUCCGCUGUGAUUGUCACCUGCGGUGGCUCCUGUCGUGGUUGGGGACAGUCCCCUCCUCCCCCGAAGCCACCGGGCGCUGCCACAGCCCCUCCCCCCACCAAGGGACCCCCCUCGCCCACCUGGAUCCCAGGGACUUCCAGUGCCAGCGGGCAGAGCUCCGGCCAUUCCAAUCCCUGCCCUUCUCAUCCCUGGGGGCCGAGUCCUUCACGCUGGGGGGGCACCAGGGGGUGGCCCUGGCCCAGCCCUUUGCCGGUGCCUGCGCCCUCCUGGAGUGGGACCAACUGGCCGGGAGGUUCCGGGCCCCCACCAUCAUUAACAGCUCCUCCCCCGUGGCCUGCCAUCCCCUGCCCCUUGGAGGGUCCCUCCUGGUGGUGGUGGCCCAGCUCCGAGGCGGUUCCUGGGUCUGGCGCCGCUCUGGUGGCCCCGGGGCCACUUUUGUUCGCCACCAGAGCCUCGGGGCGGGGCGGCUGCGUCGCCCCCACGCCGUGGCCACCGCCCGCCUCGGGGGCCACCUGUACCUGGGCGUGGCCGACAGCUCCAAGGGGGGCACCAGCACCGUGUUCCGCUGGGGCGGGCGCGGCUUCUACCCCCACCAGACCCUGCGGGCGUGGCACCGCGACACCCACCUGGAGUUCCUGGAGCUGGGCGGGCGCCCGGCACUCGUGGUGUGCUCAGGGGCCAGGAGACCCCUGGUGUACCGGUGGAGCGGGGGGGUCUUCGCCCCCCACACCGACAUCCCCCACGUGCCCGACGUGUACGCGGCGAAGCACUUCCGGCUGAGGGGACACGUGUUCCUGUGCCUCACGCGGUUCCUGGGGGACGCCAAGGUGAUGCGCUGGGAGGGCUCCAUGUUCCGGGAGAUCCAGCAGGUCCCGGCUCGGGGCUCGAUGAUCUUCCAGCCACUGACCUUGGGUGGCCACCGCUACGUCCUGCUGGGCAACGACUUCGCCCUGAGCCGCGUGUUCCGCCUGGGCCCCGAGGGGCACCUGGAGCCCACCCAGGAGCUGCUGGUGCCCACCCCCCGCGCCUUUGUCCCCGUCACCGUUGGCCACCGGCACUUCCUUGUGGCCUCGAGCUUCAAAGGGGCCACCCAGAUCUACCGGCACAUCACCGUAGAGCUCGGGGCAUGAGAGGACAUGGGGACAUCAACCACUGUGUCCCCAUGGACUGGUCACCUGAGGGAUUUGGGGACAUCAACCAUCGUGUCCCCAUGGACUGGUCACCUGAGGGAUUUGGGGACACCCUGUGACCAUGGACCUGGUCACCUGAGGGACAUGGGGACACCAGACAUCCUGAACCUGGUCACUUGUGGGACUUAGGGACACCAUGUGACCAUGGACCUGGUCACCUGAGGGACAUGGGGACAUCAUCUCCCUCGCCAUCAUGGACCUUGGUGCCACCAUCCCCCUGAUGUCCCCAAGACUGCUGUCAGCCCAAUGUCACCAUUGGCCUCAUGUCCCCUCCUGGUAUCACCAUCGCCCUGAUGCCCCCAAGGCCACCACCUCAGGUUCUCUCCUCCUGGUGAUACCAUUGCCACGAUAUCCCCAAGGCCACCAUCAACCUGAUGUCACACUGAACUUGUGUCACCUCCUGGUGUCACCAUGGCCCCGAUGUCCCCUGUCCCCUCCUGCUGCCACCACCAACCGAAAUGUCUCCAAAGCCACCUUCAACCUGAUGUCACCAUUGGCCCAAUUUCAUUUUCUGAUGCCACCAAUGCCCCGAUGUCCCCAAGGCCACCAUCACCGCAAUAUCACCAUUGGCACAAUGUCCCCUCCUGGUGCCACCAUCAACCCUAUGUCCCCAAGGCCACUGUCACCACAGUGUCACCACUGACCUCAUGUCCCCUCCAUGUGGCACUCACUGUCCUCAAAGCCACUAUCACCCCAUGUCACCUUGUCCCCUCCACGUGCCACCCCCAGCACUGUCCCCUGUCCCCAUGUCCCCCCUAUGUCCCCCCAUGUGCCAUCACCCCUGCAAGAACCAAAUUACCCCUUUUUUUUAUUUUUUACCUUUUUUUAUUCAUUUUCCCCAUUUGUUGGGCUGUUUUGGGGGGGUUUCACCCCAAAAUAAACCUGCCCGUCCCCUC